GGCGCCGCCCGCUGAGGUACCCGUGCUGCGUGCUGAGGUACCCGCCCUGCGCGAGCCCCGACCCUGCCCACACGGUUCUGCCCGAGCAGGCAGCUGCAUGCCGGGCUCUCUUGAGGGAACGGCUCAGGGUGUGGGGCUGGGGGACGUUCUUCGGUGGCCGCUAGUGACGGGCGGAGCUGAGAGAGGGCCGUCAGGUGCCCGCCAGGAACACGGCCUGCUUGGAAGAGCUAAAGAUUGUGCAGAGAAAUGUUUCCUUUAAGAGAUACUGAGAUGGGUGCUUCCACCUUCUUUGCCUCAGCUCUUCCGCAUGAUGUUUGUGGAAGUAAUGGCCUUCCUCUGACACCCAACUCCAUCAAAAUUUUAGGGAGGUUUCAAAUCCUUAAAACAAUCACCCAUCCUAGGCUUUGCCAGUACGUUGAUAUUACCAGAGGUAAACAUGAGAGACUGGUUGUGGCUGCUGAACACUGUGAAAAUAGUCUGGAAGAUUUGCUACGAGAGGGAAAGCCAGUCAGUUCCUCGAGGAUUUUAUGUAUUGCGUAUGAAGUUUUGCAAGGUUUGCAAUAUAUGAACAAACAUGGAAUGGUCCACCGAGCGCUCUCCCCUCGCAAUAUUCUUUUGGAUCGAAAGGGACACGUUAAGUUGGCUAAAUUUGGACUUUACCAUAUGACUGCUCAAGGUGUUGAUGUUGAUUUUCCUAUAGGAUACCCAUCUUAUCUGGCACCUGAGGUAAUUGCGCAGGGAAUAGUCAAACCACGUGAUCAUACUCAGUGUGAGAAGCCUCUGCCUUCUGGCCCUAAAUCGGAUCUCUGGUCUCUUGGCACAAUACUAUUUGAGCUUUGUGUGGGGAGAAAAUUGUUCCAGACUCUGGAGAUAGCAGAAAGGUUAAAAUUUGUAAUUGCACUAGGCUAUGUAGAUGAUAUUGUGACUGUAUUAGCUGAAGAACACGGUUGCCUUGAUAUUAUUAAGGAUCUUUCUGAAAAUGUCUUAACUCUGCUGAAAAAAUGCCUUACAUUCCAACCUUCUAUGAGGCCAACUCCAGAGGAAUUGAUGCGUGACUGUUUGUUCAGUGAAGUAUCUUUGGCAUACCCUCCAUUUCACAAAUCUGCUGGACUGUUCUCGUCCUCUCCAAGGUGUGCUGACUUAACGCUGCCUGAAGACAUAAGUCAGUUAUGCAAAGAUGAAGAUAAUGAUUACUUAGCAGAAAGAUCAAUUGAAGAGGUUUAUUAUCUCUGGUGUCUGGCUGGAGGAGACUUAGAGAAAGAACUUGUCAACAAGGAAAUCAUUCGAUCAAAGCCACCUAUCUGCACACUUCCCAACUUUGUGUUGGAAGACGGUGAAAGCUUUGGGCAAGGACGAGAUAGAAGUUCCCUUCUAGAUGACACAACUGUGACUUUGUCUCUGUGCCAGCUCCGAAAUAGACUGAAGGAUGUUGGUGGGGAAGCAUUUUAUCCGUUACUUGAAGAUGACCAGUCAACUUUACCUCAUUCAAAUAGUAGCAGUGAGCUGUCUGCAGCUGCCAAUCUACCUCUGAUCAUCCGGGAGAGGGACACAGAGUAUCAGCUAAACAGAAUUGUUCUGUUUGACAGACUGUUGAAGGCCUACCCUUAUAAGAAAAACCAAAUCUGGAAAGAAGCCAGAGUUGACAUCCCUCCUCUUCUGAGAGGCAUGACCUGGGCUGCUCUGUUGGGUGUUGAGGGUGCCAUUCAAGCAAAAUAUGAUGCCAUUGAUAAAGACACACCGAUUCCUACAGACAGACAAAUUGAAGUUGAUAUUCCUCGUUGCCAUCAGUAUGACGAAUUGCUGUCAUCACCUGAGGGUCAUGCAAAGUUUAGACGUGUAUUGAAGGCCUGGGUUGUUUCCCAUCCUGAUUUGGUGUACUGGCAAGGCCUCGAUUCUCUUUGUGCACCAUUCCUAUACUUGAACUUUAACAAUGAAGCUCUGGCCUAUGCUUGCAUGUCUGCUUUUAUACCCAAGUAUUUGUAUAACUUCUUUCUGAAGGAUAAUUCUCAUGUUAUCCAAGAGUAUCUAACGGUGUUUUCUCAGAUGAUUGCAUUCCAUGAUCCAGAGCUGAGCAACCACCUUAAUGAAAUUGGUUUCAUUCCUGAUCUCUAUGCUAUUCCGUGGUUUCUUACAAUGUUUACACAUGUCUUUCCUUUGCAUAAAAUUUUUCACUUGUGGGAUACAUUAUUGCUUGGAAAUUCCUCCUUCCCAUUCUGCAUAGGGGUGGCUAUACUUCAACAACUGAGGGAUCGUCUUCUCGCAAAUGGAUUCAACGAAUGCAUUCUCCUUUUCUCAGACUUACCAGAGAUUGACAUUGAGCGUUGUGUUCGUGAGUCAAUCAACCUGUUUCGCUGGACCCCAAAGAGUGCUACGUACAGGCAAUAUGCACAGCCUCCUCGGCAAGCCAGUGAGAGCAGCAGCACAAGAAGUUCAAUGUCUUGCUUUUCUGUAGAUUAUCAGGAAGCACCUCGAGGUGACCUGUCUAGAGAUUCUAUCAAGUUGGAUGACCUGAAGGCAGAGGUGUCACCAAGGAUUUCAGCAGAAGAUCUGAUUGAUCUUUGUGAACUGACAGGACCAAGUCAUUCCAAAACACCUAUAAAAAAAACAAAGUCUAGCAAGCCAAAGUUGCUGGUGGUGGACAUCCGUAACAGUGAAGACUUUAACCGUGGCCACAUCUCUGGCAGCAUCAACAUCCCAUUUGCAUCAGCAUUUACUGCAGAAGGAGAUCUCAUCCAGUGCCCAGCAACUGCCACACUCCAGAGCUUUAAAGGAAGAGUUGUGGUGAUUGUAGGAAAUGCAGUGAAGAACACAGCUGCUUUUGCAGCUCAUCUGGUGAAGAGCAAGUACCCACGGGUCUGCAUCCUAGAUGGAGGAAUCAACAAGAUCAAACCAACUGGUCUCCUCACUGUUCCUUCUCCACAAAUAUAAAUGACUGUAAAUGUUCAGGAUGAUUUGUCUGAAUAGGCAAGUCUUGCAGUACAGCAUCAAUAUUCAGUGACUCUUGUUAUACAGUCUUUGGGUGAUCAGUAUCUCACCUUGCACAUCAAGAGCAAAGUUUUAUGAUUGUUCUUUGAUAUAGAGCUUCAUCUGCCACAGAUGAAAAAUGUGAAUCUUCCUGUUUUCUGAGUAACUUCUUUCAGGGGUGAUGUAGUGCAAAACUAGCAGAGCUCACCUGAGCUCAGUUAGUGUUGGGUAUCUUAGAAGUUUUUCUGCAGAAUGGCAUAUACUGGAUAGCCCUACGCUGUACUGAAAUAGAUUGUUUUUCAAAAGUAUUUUACUGUGAAUAUUGAAAGUAAUGAGCUGAAAUUGUCAUGUGUAUCAAAGAAGGAAAAGAUGUGUCCUCUCAUUUUAAAGAAUAAUUGCUGUAUCUUGUGACCUAUUUUUUUCUUUUUUUUUUUUUUUUUUUGAAAGCAUUUUUCAUCUGGAUUGGAAAUAAAGAUAUGUCCUAGAUUGGAGAUUGCUGUAAGAGCUGCUGCUAAGUCAAUCCAAGCUGUAUCAUGUACUGCAGAAGUGGAGAAGAGUUGCUGUUAAGUGGAGAAUUUGACAUUCAGUUUCCUGAAACAUGGCAAAUACGACUAUUUCUUAGACAAUUAUUGCAACAACAACAGAUUAUUGACAAUGCUUUAUCUGUGACAAUAGAUUGGGUACUCCACAAAUAAUAGAGUUUAUCUGUGUUAGAAGCUCACACCUUAACAAGAAACAAUACACUUUUAAUUUUCAUAUGGAAACAGCUUAGAGAAAUCUUUAAUACAGGAAAACAAGGUUGUAAAAAUGUAUGUUAAAAUGAUAGACAGUAUGUCUUUGAACUUAAUUUUUUCCCAAUUCUCACUUGCUUUAGAUAGGCACUAAGAAGAAGCUCUUCCAUUUGUUUCUACAUUUUUCAAGUUUAGAAAAUACUAGUAUAAAGCUUAAUAAGCACUGAAACUUGGAGUAGAAAAUAUGAUUUGUAAAAAGCCUGGUUACAGUUGCACAUUAGUUUCCAUUGUGAGCUUAACACCAUGCUCUUUGUUAAAACAAAAGCUGUGAGACAAUACUUGACUUCAUACAACUUCACUGUUAGGAUAACAAGGAUCUGCCUCGAGAGAUAUUGCUACUUAUCACACACCUUAGUUGGGGAUUUUCUAUCGUGAUUGGUUUAUAGAUUGGCAAAUAAGAACAUUGCGUUAACUAACUUCAUUUCCUUUUAGUUUGUCACAAGAGAUUUCCAAGACAAAACAGUUGUGAAAGGGGAGAAGAGGUCAGGGAGAAGGUUGUGAACUCAGCUCAUGAACAUUCUCUGUAGAUCAGGGGCAAGAUGAUUACUUGUAACAUUUUCUGUUAUUUUGUGUAACUGAUACCAUGGAAUACCAGGCAUUGUGGAAGGCGUUGAAAGAAGACUUGUUUUCUUCUGUGGGUGACCAGAAGAUUUUCAUCUGAACCUUCAGAAGCUAGUCUCUCUGGAGUUGGUACUGUUUCCAGGGAGGUUCAUUCUUACUGCAGCUGUUACUUUGCAAACCAUAGAGGAAAAGUAUGAUGAGUGAAAAGAAUACAGAGUGGGGGGAAAAAAAAAAACAUAAUACACCUCUCCUUAUCUUAGCUGUGAUUUGUCUUAAAAACGAACAAACAAGAAAACCCCAACAGUACAGCAUUACAGUAUGCUAAUGUGUAUAUGGACUAGGGUCAGCAUCAUAUCCUGAAGCUUUCAAGAAGUUUUUACUCUUUAAAACCCUAAGAUCUUUGGUAGAGUGACUGGGUAAGGAGAUCAGAAGACAAAAGUAGGAGGCAGUUGAUCACAUUUCUACAUCAGCAAAAGCUUUCUGCAAGAAUGUCUGGCAAGGUCUUUUGAGCUUGGUUAACUUUAAAAAUGAUGCAAAAGUGGGAGAACUGGGCAGACAACAUGCUUGCUAAUAGGACAAACCCAUCGUAUUGAUCAAACUUUUGUUUGGCUACUUGGAGAAAGAAAAAAAACUUUGCAGUGCCCUGAAGAACCAGUUCUAGCCCUAGUCUGUGGUGAAUUCGUUGAUAGAUAUCAUCUCAGAUGCUUAACAGCAACUGGAAAGCUCACCCAGAGUGUCAGUGACUGUAGUGAAGGGAAUGAACAGAACAAGUUACUCCAUCACAGAAAUAAACUUCAUGGUAUGUUUUAAAUAAACGCAGUGGCGUUAUAAUUUAAAAACAAAACAAAACAGAACCAACAACAAAAAAAAAACCAACAAUAAAAGAACCUGCACAAUACAAAACAAUCAUCUUCAUAAGAUCAUUGUCUCCUAAAAAGAGGCAACCUAUACAGAAUAUUCUCCCAAAAGUACAUCCUUAAAUUGUGGAAUUUGUUGCCAGAAGAGACCAGAAGUGUAAAAAUACUCAUAAAGAAGGAUCAGAGAUUUGUGGGAGAGCUGAGUCUUGGCCUGUUAAACACAAUGUUUUAUAAAUAGUCUUCAACUCAAGGAAUUUUUGAUCUGUUGAUUAAUCGAGACUGAAAGAAUAUACCAGAAUAAGAUUUCACACUGUUUCUUGAAUUCCUUUUUCACAUAUCUGCCUUUAAGAAAUUUUGGGAUAUACCUAAUACAGCAGUUCAGGUGAUGUUAUAUUUAUUAAAUAGAUUGCAUUAUGAAGAUAUAAAACAAUGUUUUAUGUUAUAUAUUAUGGUAUAAUAUAUGUAUAAUUAUAAAAAAUACAUAUUUAAGCCCACCUUGUCUUUUCCAUCUCCUUUGUUACAGGUAUUCAGAAAAGGACUGUAAGCCCCAAGAAUAGAAUGUCUUUAAGAAAACAGGAUAUUUUGUGUCCCCAGUUCCUCGUUCCUUUAGUAGGAAAGGUAGGAGGUGUUCAGUAUCACCUGCAGCUAGUAUUUAGAGCGAGAAGACAAAUUAUCUUUUGAGUGAAACAGAUUCAGCACUUCCUUUUUGACUAAUGCAUAUGUUUUUAUUAUUUAAAUAUUUGACAUUAUAGAUUUCAUCCACAUGCUCAGUUCUGGCUUUGAAUUUAGCUAAGUAAGGUUUGAGUCUUAUAUAUUCCAUUUUUGUGUGGAUAUAUUUUUGACAUAGAACUUCAAAGCUGCCAUUAAGUAAGAGCUUAUGUUACAAAGUGAUGUUUAUAUGUAUUUUUCAUGAGAAGUUGUGAGAGAAUGUGUGAAAAAGCAGGGUAUGUCAAGAACUGCUGAACAAUGCUGACUUUUCCCACAUUAAUAGAACUACCUGGAAAGUUCUGUAGCUAACAGUUACAGAUCUGCCAGUUGCUGGUAUACCUGUACUUACCACUUUAGUCAGUGUUUUUGAAACUGUGCCUGUAAAUAGGCACACUAUGUCUGGAUUCAGUUAGAUUAGACAGAUGCACAGUCACAAAAUUAAUUUUAAACUCCUUAUCCCUAGAAAAUGCUUGUGUUUUGUGGUAAUUUCUCAUUAGAUCAUUUAUCUUGGUUUUGUGGUGGUUAUGCAGUUUAAGAAAUGAGUGUCAAAACACUUUUACUCAGUUAUUCUGCCAAUUUUGGCAGUUUUCUGGUGGAACAAGCAGUUGUCAGGUUUCAUAGAGCUCUUGAGAGAUUUCUGGAGGCCAGGUUAUUUUAUCAUGUAUAUUUGUUACCAUUGCUUGGCCAGCAACGCUGUGCUCAUUCUUUGCUUUAGACUACAGCUAUAUACCAGGGAGAUCUAGUAGGGGCAAGCAACUACCAGUCUUCUGAGCUGAUGUUUUCUACUGCUAGAAGAAAAAUAUCCCAGCUAAAUAUUUCCCACCUUUUGGACUGGAAAAUGCAGCCUUUCUCAAACUCUUUUUUUCUCUCCUACAGUUUUAAAAACAUUCUGAAAUUGCUCCAGCCCUUUAGCCCAUAGCUUCCUGCCUGGGCAGUCAGGAACCCAUGGAGUGUUCAGGUGCGCGUCUAGGGACAACAGGGCAAAGGAGAUUAAACCCUCCUUUCUCAGUCUUGCAUCUGUUGAUCAUUGCAAACAAUUAAAUAAUUGCUGUUUAACUAGGGUGUCUUUUGAGAAUGUUAUUAGACUUUGUUUCUGCACCAUUUGGUUUUCAUUCUUUCUAAAGCAGGUAACUGUUAUUUUUAAAUUUUAGCAUGUUUCCUAUUUUAGAUUUCUAUUCUCCCUGUUGCCAAUAUAGAGUAUUUAGUAGACAGUCUUUCUAAUAUUUCUGACAUAAAAAUUAUAACCACAGCAUCUAGGCACAUGCAGGUUUGUAUUCUUGUACUUAAGUGAUUUCUUUUUCUGAUCUCCUAAUUUUUUUUAUACAAGUGUGAUGGACUGACUGAUUUGUUGGAAUGGACAAAGGUUUAAUUGUGAUCAACGUCCUUUCCUUGUGUCUUUUUCAAGGCUUUAAGCUAUCAUUGCAUUGUGCAGGCAUAAUACAGUGGUGCAAUGUUUUUUCUGUGACCUUCUAGAUAUAGUUGAAUACUUACCAAAUUUUUAGAUCUGCCAUCUCUUCUUUAUGAGUAUUACCUUCCAUAGGAAGGCUUGUCUUCUCCCACCUUUGUUGUCUUCCUAAGAACCUGCUGUAAGAGUGCCUGUGAUUGGGUUCUUAUGAAAUAGUUGUAUGUUACAGUCAGUGAGGCUACUCUUGCUGCUCGAUUCAGCUAAGGAAGAUGAAUAUUGGAGUAUCUCUUAGAUGGAAUGCAUGACACACAGCUCAAAUAAUGUUUCACAAAGAUAGUGUGGUAGUUUUGUGGCCUGAGACAUACUUGCUGUUCCUGUUUGCGGGGCAUUGAUGUCCAGAAUAUCCAUUUUGGAGAUUUAAUUUUUGUUUAUUACUUUGUAAUACUUAACUUAAGCAAGCACCAGAUUUGUGUAUUCAACUAGUUAAACUGUAGACUUUCCUUUUUGUUUGAAUCUCAAGCUACAGUGUUAGUAUUGUCAUUCUUUUAAAUUUGCAGUCUUGGUAAGGAUGUCAUGCCAGAAAACAUGUUCUGUUUUGGAAAUAGUGUUUCAUCCUCCUUUCAUCCACCAUGUGAUCUAAAGAUUGCUAAUGGUAGUGCUUUUUAAGCAGUCCCACUGAAUACCUGUUGGACAGCAGUCUGCAUUCUGAGACAACAGCAUCUGUAUUCUGUGAAGUUAGGUUCAAAAAAACAUCUCGUACUACCAUCAUCAUGUUGAACAUAUCUCAGUAUUGCACUAGGGCUGACUUUUUUUUACCAAGGUUAAAUGGACCAGUGUUACACAGUGUUUAAAGAGAAACUGGUUGGGAAGAAAAAAAAAUUGAGUAUUAUUGCCAUUAGAUCAACUUGUAAUUAGCUCUUGUAAAGCUUUCUCUAAUACUCUAAUGCAUUUAAUUGUGAUGUAAGUGGAUAUUCAAGUUAAGCUCUGGUAAUAGUCUUGCGUCUGUUGAUAGAGUGACACAAAUGUGUGCACUGUUAGAAUAUAUGUUUUUUGUCCUCUAGGACAAAAGCAUUAGUCCUGGUGCUCCAGGAGCUGUAUCCCAUAGUGUAUAGAUACUGAGUUUCCAGACUCAGUAAUCUGUGUGAAAUAACAGACACAGUUGAGCAUCCCAGAGAUCAAGGCGUUAGUCAUUGUGUUUAAUGGGAAUAACCAAGAGAAAUGUUGUAUACAACUGUAUUGUUCAGUAUUUCCUAACUAAAGCAGUAUUAAAUUUUUCUCUUCUUUCUUAAUCUGAGCUUAUCUUUGACAUCAUAUCACUUUAAAGAGUCGUUGCAUCUGGUGAUAUCAGCUCUUCCAGCUGAGCUAGCCAAGGAAAUAAACCUGUGAGUACAGAACAAGUAUACUGAACAAUUUAUUUUCUGUUUUAGAGAGAGAUUGGGUGAACACGGCAGUAGUUUGAGUUGUUGGGCUAUUAAUGUGUGCCUUGAUACAAACUGUUGAUGUCUUAGGUAAUCUGAGGAACUCAUUCCCCUUACUAAAACGGACUAAUAACACUUUCUAAUGUUACUUGGUUGGGACAAAGAAAUACAGUGAGUACCAUGACCAAUUAGAAUGCUAGGGACCAGGACAAUGCAGAAACUUAAGAGUAACUUUCCUGGGAACUAAGCUGUUUCAUGGGAAGAACAAAGAUAGAUGAUAAAAAUGAAUUCUUCAUGAUUAAUUUUGUAAACUAUCCUUUUCCUAGUAAGUGUUACUAAUGAAUAUGUGUCAACACUGUAGUAACUAUUCACGUAGUCAUUAAUAUUAUUGGUAGGUAGCAGUAUUUAUGAAGGAGCCUUUGUAUUGCAAAGCUUACUGUACUUGAUUAGUUACAUCCAGCUAGUGUAUACAAAAUAUUCUUGUGCAAUUAGGGAAUAAUACAAUCUGAUCAAUUGUCAAUGACUGAUAUUUUUCUUCAGUGUUACUCUAAAUUGGAGCCUUUUGUAAAACUACCUCACGACAAGAUUUACAGCCCUAGAGUAUCAACAGUAAAAUCAUAGCUUCCUUUAUAAAGCAGAAUCAGAAGCAUAAUAAGAAUAUUUCUAUUACUAACUUCAGUUCUCUUUUAGCAAUUCAAGCAAGUUUGUUUUGUGCAGGGAAGUUACGUGUAGAAGAGGGAAAGCAGAUCAGUUUGCAUAACUCUUUCAUGUCCUUCUAUCGUUAUUAAGGAAUAAAAACUAUUGCAUCAGCAGUACUGAAACACCAGUUUCUUUUUGCUUUUAUUUUCUCACAGCUUCUCAGUGAGGAAAUAUAGCACUGAGGCCAGCAUGCUCUUUUUUUGCUCUUAGUUUUUGCUCACCUUCCCUGUUGGAUUCAUGUCAGAGAUUUUCUUUCUCAAAGAGUUUUUAAUGCUCUCAUUGUGUGACCUACUCCUGGAAAUUGCUUGCUCCUGAUUAGCAGAUGCCCAAAGUCACUGACAUUAGCAUCCCUUGUAAUGAAGGGAGAUUGCUGCCAUGCAAAGGGAAAGGAGAGAGAAAUGGAAAAUUCCUCUCAGUGCCUCCCCUGGAAAGGCAGCCUUCUCAUAAUGAAUCACCAAGAGAAGUCUUCAUGAUGAUGGAUUAGGACCAGUGGGGGUGGCAGGAAAGAGUUGAAGGCAACAGGGAGUUAUUCUCUAAUUAUUCUUUCCUGACAAGAUAGAAUAACAGACACAUAGGGCUGUACAUCAAACUGCUGCUUCUUGCACUCUGCUCAUUACAGAAGCACCAGCAUCCCUCAUGGGCUGGAGCUACUCUUGAGAUAUCACACCCUAAGACAGUGGCUUUAACUGUCACCUUCCAUUGUAGCAAUGACAAGAUGGCUGGGUUGGGUUUUUUUUGUGAAGUAAGGGAAAAAAUGAGCACAGUGAAAGAAGUCAGGCUGCCCUGCUGUAUGUGCUACACAUAAAAGCUGCACGAUGAGCAGUCACAGGAGCUAGUAAUCUAAGCAUAUGGAUGUUAGUAACCUAAUGUACUGAACUUGAAGAUUUCCAUCGUUUCUGGUGGUUAUAUGGUAAGUGCCAAAAAAAGAAGAAAAAACAACAAA